CCCUGAUCCACGCCUGCCUGGGCGCAUCCAUGCGCAACGACUCCAUGCAGCAGGUGGAGGAGCCCGAUACCCUUGACCUCUCAAAUGGGGGCACCACUCAUCUUGGGGAACGUCGCAGGUUCAGAUGCACCAUGCCCAACUGUUUGAUGAGAUUCUGUGUUGUUGGUGGCCGUGUGUGCGCCUUUGAGCCCAACAAGCCGCUGCAUUUGGCUCACGGGCCAGACAGCACCAUUGAAGUGACAAGCUACCACAAGGAUCUUUGUAGCCUAGAGCCAGAUGGGCAUCUUCCUCCUGACUUCAUGUCACUGGAGCGAAGCAGGGCAGAGGCCUUGACCAACGAAGAAAUCGACGGGACCAGGGAACUUUUGAAAGUUUUCUCUGUGGGUACUGAGCGUUUGCUCCGCCUGUUGCAGGCAUUCUCAGGAGUAACUCGCCGCUUGAAGAGUGAUCCGAAGCUCUCUGUUCCAAGGGUGUCAUUCGUACCGCGUCCCUGCAAUUUCAAUUUGCUCGCCAUCAGAGCGCUGCAUGAGCCGUGGUUGCAAGCACGGAUUGCCAGAGAAGAGCUUAAGGGCUCUGUUGAAGAAUUGGGUCAGAAGAUUCAAUUUGUCAGGGUCCUUCAGCAGCUUGUCUGCCAGAAGCUUCAAGGCAAGUGCGGGGCCACAGUGCCGUCCUUUUUUGGGUCAGCGAGUUAUCUUCCCAUUCCAGGCAAAAUGCUGACAUUCAGCUUUGAGGAAGUGGAGGCGCCACAGCCAGAUUCCGUUUCUGCUAAUGGACUGCUUGAUCCCGAAGGCCAUGAGGUGAUCCAAUAUAUUGAACACCAUGAGCCACCUGCUGAACGGGUGCCUGAGCUUGCCGCCAUGCAGGUGGAGCAGGACUGGGCAGAUCAUGUAGAAGCCCUGAUUCGGACACAUAGACCUGAGGCCCAACAGGAGAACCAGGAGAACACAGUCCACACUGAAGAUUCAGUCUAUCUACUGGAGUAUCAGAGGCACUCCGACAAAUUUCAGCGGGCCCUGGUUUCGGGAAUGUAUCUGGACGCUUGCCGGACUGCUUUGAUGAAAGCGGGAUUCCAGUGGUUGCAUGAAUCGGGGGCCAAAAUCUUUGUCCAUCCAUGGCAAUUUGAGGCGACCAUGGCCACCAUUGCGCAGCAGGGCCUUCCGCUUCGGCCCUAUGACGUGAUCGUGUCCGAGAGCUUGGAGUAUUUGGUGCAGGCCUCGCUCAGUGACAUCCCUUGCCGUGAUGGAGCUCGCGUGAAGACGCGGCAAGUGCUCGAGCCAGCUGUCUACGCUGAUGAGAGCCAGCCUGAUACUGAGGACGAAGAUUUGGUCAUGACCUUGGUGAUUGCAAGGACUUUCCUAUGCGCUGUCCCGCGACUUCGGGCAUGCGAUUCCGUGACUCAGUCAACGACUGAAGCGCACCGUGGUGGUUUGAAUCCCCGACGUGUUUCGAUCUGAGAGGGAUUGUGUUUAUUUAUGAGAGAGCCCUUGAAACCCUGCUGGUGCAUAUAUAGUCAAGAUUGUAUAGCAGCACCAAAAUCUUGCAGCUAUCCCAUUUUUGUAUCAUCUCCUUGUCUUGAUCUCGUCGGCACACUGCCCACGACAUGAUUUGCACAAAGGUCUUUUGAUAUUUGUGUCUUGUCAGCACGCUGCUCACACGACACUGAGUUUAGCUGCUCAUUGAGCAUAGGAUCUCCACGGAUCUCGCCUGUACAGCAAAA